AUGCCCUUACCACUUCAAGAAUUAGAUCCUGAUUUUUAUAUUUCAUUUAAAUAUCCAAUUGAUGAAACAACUAAAAAAGUUAAUUCAACUACUGAUAAAUCAUUAUAUAAAUUAAUUGAAUUAUUAUAUGAAAAAGGAUUUGCAGCAACAAUUAGACCUGGUGAACCAGAUGUUUUAUUAAUUUUUAUCAGAUUAUCACCAUAUAAAUUUAUUGAAGAGGCUGAAAAAGAUUUAAUAAAAAACUAUGAAUUUGGAAUUACUUCUAAAGAUGAUCAAUUGAGUUCAAGAUUCAGAAUUAUAUUUCUGUAUUUAACAUCAAAUGAAAAACUCGGUGGUUGUGGUAUAACACCUCAGGAAAAACCGUGGGAAAACGUCUUAGAUAUUGUUCCAGUCACUACAGCAUUUGAUGAAACUUUUUUAAUUGAAGAAUUGAAAUCAAAUUUUUCAGAUACAGAAUUAUCAACUAAUAAGAUUAAAAAGAUUUAUGGUGUUCAAAUUGCUUUGUAUUUCGAGUUUUUCAAAUAUUACAUAUAUUGGUUACUUGGAUUAUCAGUUUUAGGUUUAGUUCAAUUCUUUAAAAAAUCCAAAAAAUAUUCAUUAACUUAUGCAUUUGUUAAUUUAAUCUGGGGUACUUUUUUUAUAUCAUAUUGGCAUAGAAAAGAACAAUAUCUUGUUAAUUUAUGGGGAGUUCAAAAUUGUCAUUUAAUUCAAGAACAUAAAUCCGAGUUAGCUAGACUUAAUGAAAAAUUCGAAGAAAAAUCAACCUAUGUUCAUCAAAAUAACACAGCUGGUUUUAGAUUUAUCAAGCAAUUAAUUUUUGUUCCAAUCGCUUUAACUUUUGUUGGUGUUUUGGUCAGUUAUCAAUUAGGUUGUUUUUUCAUUGAGAUUUUCUUAACUGAUUUAUAUGAUGGUCCUGGGAAAUCCUUUUUAACUUUAUUACCAACUAUUUUAAUUUCCGUUUUUAUUCCAGUUUUAACUAUCGUUUAUAAUUUAGUUGCUAACAUUGUUAUUAAAUUAGAAAAUCAUGACAAUCAUGCUAGUAAAAAUAAUUCGAUUGUUGUUAAACAAUUUGUUUUAAAUUUUUUGGUUAGUUAUGCACCAUUACUUAUUACUUCAUUUUUAUAUUUACCAUUUGCGCAUUUAGUUGGACCACAUUUAGGAGAUAUUAAAUCAACUAUUUCAACAUAUGUUGGAGAAAAUAGAUUUUACACCAAAUAUUUAACAAAAUUAAAAUCUCAGAAGGAAUUUCAAAUUAAUCAGGGUAGAUUAGAUGCACAAUUUUUUUAUUUUACAGUUACCAAUCAAAUUAUUCAAGCUUUCAUGAAAUAUGCUUUACCAUUAGUUAUUGCAAAAGCUACAAGAUUUUAUCAAUUAAAAAUCCAAAAGAAACCACAAUUACAAACGAAAGAUGAUAAUGCACAUGAAGCUAUUUGGUUACAUAACGUUCGUGCUUCAUUAAGUUUACCUGAAUAUGACGUUGAUGCUGAUAUGAGAAGUUUGGUCAUUCAAUAUGGUUAUUUAAUCAUGUUUGGAUCAGUUUGGCCAUUAGCACCGUUAGCUUCUGUUUUUUUUGAUAUAAUUUUCUUCAAAUUAGAUGAAUUCAAAUUACAAAGUGGUAGAUAUUUCAAACCACCAAUUCCAAAAAGAGUUGAUUCUAUUUAUCCAUGGAAUUGGGCAUUAUUCUUAUUAACUUGGAUUGGUUCAGUUGUUCAACCAGUCGUUACUGCAUUUUAUCGUCAUGGUACUGCUCCACCAAAGACAAUGGGUCAAUUUGCAUUUGAUAAUGCUAGUGUUCAUGUUUCAUCAUCAGUUUAUUUUGUAUUAUUACUUUUAUUUUCAGAGCAUGGAUUCCUUAUUUUGAGUUAUGUCUUGUAUAAAUUAGGUAAUUUAUUCAAAAGUGAAGUUGAAUGGGAGAAUGAUUUUGUUGAUAAUGAUAUGAAAUUAAGACAUGAUCAUUAUUCAAAUAAAGUUAAACCUACGAUAAAAGUUAGAGACAUUCAAGCAUGGAAAGAUUACACACCAGAAUCAACAUUGGAAUUCAGACCACCAGUUGCCGUUCCAACUGAUGACUCCUUAGAUGUUGAAAAAAUACCAUUGAAGAAACAAGGAUUUACUACUUCAUUAGAAUCAUCUGAAACUACUGUUCAUUCACGUUCUGAUCAAGCUAAAUUAAUAGCUGAAAAAGAAAGAUUAUUAAGAGAAAGACAAGCUGAAUUAGCAAGGUUAGAAAAAGAAAGAAAAUUAGGACCUGGCGCUGUAUCUGCUAGUGAAUAUGAUAAUUUAAAAAGAGAUAAAGAAGAAGGAGACUCCAUCAUUGAAUCAAAAUCAGACCCAAAAGGUAGUAAAAAGUACAGUACAAUUGACAAUAAUAAUCACCGUAGUGAUAAUAUUUUAGGCGCUUCAGUAUUACCCCCAGCACCAAAUGAUAAAUCUGCAGAAGUUCAAACUGAUAAAUACACAACCGACACUACACACUCAGCUAAAGCUGCUGCUAUUGCUCCUUCUGCCGCUGGCUUACCCUCAGCAGCCGGUGCACCACCAAAAUCAAGUAAAUCAGAUAAAACAAGUUCAAGUAGUUCUAAAAAGGAUACAUCCUCAAAUUCAAAAUCUGGUGCAGGAGGUGUUGAUGGAACAAAUUCAAAUUCAUCUACCUCUAAUUCAAACUCUUCAAGAAAUAAAGAUCAGGUCAACAUGGUUGAUGAUGAAAAAGAGUACAGGAAAUUACAAAAUGAUUCCGAUAAAGAAUCAAAACACAAGAAAAGUGGAUUGAAGAAAUUAUUUAAUAAAAUUUAA